CGCCCUGCCCGUGACGCGCCGCGUUCCCUGGCGACCGCCGCCAUGGCGGCAGCCCUGGGCUUCGCGGCCUUUCUCCUUCUCCUGCCGCCGCUCUGGGCAACGAAGCCGAGCGUAGAGCCCGCAGACGGUUCUGCAAGCUCCGAGGAGCCGGCAGACACACGCGCUGCCGGUCGGGCGCGGGCCCGCAGCGGGCCGGUCCCGGUCCCGGACGUUACCAAGCUGUGUGCUUGUGAUCUCUUGGUGGCACAGUGUGAUGCCAAUUGCUGCUGUGACCCUGAUUGCAGUGCAGAAGAUUUCAGUCUCUUCACUACGUGUUCAAUUCCUAUUGUCACAGGGGACAGCCGGCUUUGUAGCCAGAAAGCUGCUGUAUAUUCACUUGAUGUUGAAGCAAAUCCACCAGAAAGGAUAUUUAAAGUAAUUGACCAAGUCAAUCCCAAUCUUUUCUGCAUUCAUGCUACAAACUACAAACAAGCACUUUCCUUCAGUACCCCUGAAAUGCCUACUUCUGAAAACUUUGAUGAAUUGCUUCAGAGGUUUGGAAGUGCUACAUUCAGUGCUGAGCCUGACAGCUGGAAUGAGAACACAGAUGCUCCAAAUCCUUCUGAUGCAAAUGAAACUAACAGAUAUGAGUAUGGUGUUCCUAUACAGACAGUGGAUGCAUUUCUAAGGCUACCCAGUCCUGUUGUCUCCUCUUGGUGCUCUGAUGCGAAUCCUGCAGGGUUUUUAAUAAACCAGGCUACAAAAUGCAUUAGAUCAGUAAGUGUGGAAAAAUGUGGCACCAUUCAAGCAGUUAGUAUGCUGUUCUAUAUCAACUCCAGCAUUUUAGCAGUGCCCAACUCAAGUCAGAUGGUAAAUAUUAGUGUCCAGUCCAUCACUGUCCAGUCUCUGAAUGGAACACGGACUUUACUUAAUGGUACUGAUGUCCUCAGGCUCCCCAUGGUUUUGGAUGAACUGUGCAUAAAUAUGGUUCUUGGGGUGAGUUAUCACAUUACCUACACAGACACAGGAGAAAUAACAGAAGCAGCUGCUGCUUUUGUCUUGGGGGCAAUUAACAAAGAAGCACUUUCAAUAGAGCAGAGCUUUGAAGUCAGCUUUACUCAGGUAAACACAGAGCCAGUUGCCCUCAGUGGGAAUCCUGGUUACAUCGUUGGGCUGCCCCUCAGAGCUGGCUUCUGGUCACAAGGAUCUGGCAUCAUUCAGAACACCAACAAAUACAGUCAGCUUACCAUUCUGCACAGUACCUCCAGCCAGGACUGUCUGGCAGCACAGGGAGCCAGAACCCCAGUGUUGUUUGGUUACAACAUGAUAUCAGGCUGUACAUUACGAAUCACAGCAGCCAUGAAAUGCCAGCCCUUGACUCAGACCCUCCUGGAUCUACUGAAGGGACAAAGCUUUCCUGAAUAUGUGGCCUCAUUUGGAAAUUCUCAAGCCCAGGAUGUGCUUGACUGGGUGCCAAUCACUCACCUCCACUCCUCAGAACAGAGCUCGUGCCAAAUACCAGUGUCACUUGAAAUAGAAGUGAAGUGGACUAAAUAUGGAUCCCUGGUCAAUCCACAAGCCAGGAUAGUGAAUGUUACAGCAGCAAUCACUACCACCACAUUGAUGCAGCUUCCCUCAGGAAGGGAAAGGACUGUCCCUGUAACAAGUUCUGUUGUUUUCACUGAUGUCUCUUCACCUGCAGAGCCUGGCUAUAAAGCUUGGCCCACCAUUAAUGUCAAGCUACCAUUUGAUUUCUUCUUUCCAUUUGUCUAAGUCUCUCCACAGGGACCUUCUGGAACCUGAAAAAGUUCCCAUUGUGUUCAGCCACCAGCCUGGUCCUUUGGAAUAUGCCCUAAAUGGCUUUUCUGGAGCCUGUUGCCAGCACUCCACUCACCUGCAGCUCUUCUUACCUAUUCUGAAUUCUUUUAAUGUGCUGAUUUAUGAAGUGUGGAAACAAAAGAACUUUGUAGCCCAACAGGCUGCAAAAGGACCCACUGAAAAUGGAAGCAGAGAUGAGAGAACACAGUAUCAGAAGUGAGAUCUGCUGGGGAGAACGGGGCAUUGUCUGACGUGAGGCGACACUUGGCCUCUGUUUUGGUACCAAUCUGCUUGUCAGCUAAAGGAGUGGUAAGUGAUAUAAAUAACCAAGUGGCACAAGCAGCAACAGAAAUGAGGAAACUACCAACAAGAUGAAAAGAAUGGUUGGCAAAGAGGAGAUGCACUGCUUGAAUGGUCACCUUCUAGAGAAGAGGUGACCUUUCCAGCCUGGCUCCUUUGCACUGCAAAUUCCCAUGAGGUGUUGCAAACAGAGAAUGUCAUCACACAAAUGAAAUGACUUAAAAUAAAUGGUGUUCUCAUGCA